UUUCUCUCUCUUCAUCCUCCAACAUCUACGUUAUCUCCUCCAAUUCCAUCCCGAUCUCUUUAUUGUCUUCUUCUUCUCUCUUCCUGGUUUUCGUUGGAGAAUCCUGAAAGCCGUUUGAUUUUAAUCAAAGGGUCAUCAGGAUUCGGACACCAAUAUCUCGAAUCACUCCUCUGUUGUCUUGGAAGAAGACCAAGCAAAGGAAACGAAGAAAAACAUCAAUUUUUGCAAGCAACAAUCUUCUUUCUUCUUCUUCUGCCCCUUUUCUUCUCUUCUCUUGUCUUAAAACACACACACACACAACAUAGCCACCCAUCUGCUGAGGCUGAAGCUGAAGCGUCACAAGUCACAUACAUAUGAUUCGAGUGGCCACAAAUUAAGAGUGAGAGAGAAUGGAAUCGAGUAGCAUUGAGAGCAGCACUGUGUCAUCGAUGACUAUGAUGGAAGAGGAUGAGCAUCCCCAUCAUCAGUUUUCUUCAAUCUCCAAGCUUCAUAACAGUGGCCCCACCACUACCAGUGUCCAUGACCUUCUUGAAUGCCCCGUUUGCACCAACUCUAUGUACCCUCCUAUCCAUCAGUGCCACAACGGUCACACACUUUGCUCAACUUGCAAGACAAGGGUACACAAUCGAUGCCCAACUUGCCGGCAGGAACUCGGUGAUAUAAGGUGUUUGGCAUUAGAGAAGAUAGCAGAAUCACUUGAACUGCCUUGCAGAUACAUUUCUCUUGGGUGUCCAGAGAUAUUUCCCUAUUACAGCAAACUUAAACAUGAGGCUAUUUGUAACUUCAGACCAUACAACUGCCCUUAUGCCGGGUCAGACUGCUCGGUGGUUGGGGAUAUUCCAUGCCUUGUCGCUCAUUUAAGGGACGACCACAGGGUUGAUAUGCAUUCUGGAUGCACUUUUAACCAUCGCUAUGUCAAGUCCAAUCCCAUGGAAGUAGAAAAUGCUACAUGGAUGCUAACGGUUUUCCACUGUUUUGGUCAGUAUUUUUGCCUCCAUUUUGAGGCCUUCCAGCUGGGCAUGGCUCCAGUUUACAUGGCAUUCCUCCGAUUCAUGGGUGAUGAAAGAGAGGCGCGGAACUACAGCUACAGCUUGGAGGUGGGAGGAAAUGGACGUAAACUAACUUUUGAGGGGAGUCCAAGAAGCAUUAGAGAUAGCCAUAAGAAGGUAAGAGACAGCCAUGAUGGUCUCAUCAUUUACCGCAACAUGGCGCUUUUCUUCUCGGGUGGAGACAGGAAAGAGUUGAAGCUACGAGUAACAGGAAGGAUAUGGAAAGAACAGCAAAACCCUGAAGUUUCUGAACCGGAUCAAGUCCCAAAUGGAUCAGAGUCAAUGGUGAACAACUCGGAGAUAGCAAGUUUGUACCUUUUGAAUUAAAAAAAUAGUUUAGGUCAAAAUAUUUUAGAUAGUGCGAAAAAAGGGUUUUAACUUGCAUAACUAUUUUUUUUUACGAAGGUUAAAAUUAUCUUUAGGUACAAAAGGCUACAAUAUUUGCAAAAAAUAAUAUUUAUUGGCAUAUUUGGAGUAUAAAUCUCUAGACUCCUUGGUGACUUUCGCCAUUACAUUGAAAAA